UUGUGGUAUUGUGUUGUGAUUUCUAAUUGGAAUUAAUUUUAUGUUUCUUUCUACAUAAUAAACUUUAAAAACUUAUAUAAAGAAAUAUUCCUAAUAUUUUUUAGUGUUAUGUACCAGAACUGAGUAAAUUAUGUGUGACACAUUAAUUAAAAACUGAGAUUUCCUGUAAAAAUGAAUGAAUUGCCUAUGUGUUGUUGUUGCAACGAACACGUUUGCGUCAAGAGUAUGUGGUGUGAGUACUUGUGGAUGGGCAGGCCUGAAGUCUACGGCGACAUGUUGCGAGACUGCUUCAAUAUCAGUUGGGCGCAGACCAAUACCAGCAAUGAUCAGAUUUGUGAGAUUUGCAUCACACAGCUCAGGAAUGCAGCUCACUUCAAGCAGAAGGUAUUAGAUAGCCAGGCACAACUCAGAAUGCAGCUCUUACCUCGAUAG